CCCUAUCUCUGUUAUUCAUGCCCACGCGGCUCUGAUUGCAAUUUCCGAACCCAACGGAGUCCAUUUUCACUAUCUAUCGGAAACUUCACAUCCCACCUCUAUCCCUCUCACAGUAUGGCGUCUGCCACGACGGUCCAGUCGCUUCAGCGGCAGCAUCCCCUGCAGCGAUUGUCCAGCCCGUCCAGAGGCUUCUCGGCCUUGGUUCAUCUACUGGGUCUAGCCAGCUUUCUAGGCUCCUUCAAGUUCAUGCACGAGAACCCCAAUCGGGCUAAUGAAGCAUAUGGUUGGCAUUUCCAGUACCUGACCGUCAUUGGGCUGGCGCUGGCCACGCUCACCUUUGCCGUCGGGCUGCUGGCGGAUAUGACGUUAUCGCCUCGGCUAUUCCUUGCCAAGAACCUCCUCUCUAUAUGCAGCGCUCCGAUGGAAGUGCUGAUCAGCAUCCUGUACUGGGGGAUUCGCGUGAUCGAUCCGCAUUUGGUUGUCCCCGAAUGGGCGGUGAUUCCACUGCACGCCGACAUCGGCUUCCACGCUGUGCCAUCGAUUGUGCUACUCAUUGACCUUCUUUUUCUCUCCCCUCCGUGGACGAUCUCCGUUCUCCCUGCCCUGGGGUUAUCCAGCACCAUCGCCUUUGGAUACUGGUUUUGGAUCGAACGGUGCUUCCAGUACAAUGGAUGGUACCCCUAUCCCCUUCUUGAUGCGGCCAGCUUUGAAGGUCGCAUUGGAAUCUUCGCCGUGAGCGCCAUUGUCAUGGCGCUAAGCACGGGGACCCUCAAGUGGCUCUACGGCCGCGUGAAUGGCUACGGGACAGGCACCAAAGCGCAGUCUCGCCCUGGACAUAUUAAGAGCAACGGAAAUAUCUAACCAUAUGUUUCUGGCCUAUAAGGCACUGUGGUAUCUGCCUCAACUAGAGAGAUCUAUUCAUCAUCUGACCGAUAGAUAAGACAAUAGAUACUACCCAUAGAUAGCAUCUGAGCUAAUGAAGACCAUAUAUGCA